UUUUCGCUCUCCGGGGCCGCUCUAGGCUGCCGCCCCGCCCGCGGCGCCGCGUCUCCAUGGUUACUGGGCGGGGCCGUGACGUCCUUGGCGUGGCUGCAGGGAGGCCGCGGCGGGGAAGAUGGCGGACGGGAAGGCGGGAGAGGAGAAGCCGGAGAAGCCGCAGCGAGCUGGAGCCGCCGGAGUUAAUUCAUGGGAGCCUCUUCUACUGCCACAAUCUCAGUUCCUGUUGUAUACUCUAACAAACAGUGGAUGAGACUGUUGGGUCAGUAGGUGACAACUGCAGAGGUAUCUUCCUUAUAACGAUGCUUUUUGAGGUUGCUGCUCCCGUCAGUCUGCUCAGUAAAAAUAGCUCAUCUUGUAAUGGAGGGGAAAGUUCCAGUCGCAGCGCUGAGAAGCGAUCAGCUGAAGAAGAAGCUGCAGACCUCCCAACAAAGCCUACAAAGAUCUCCAAGUUUGGAUUUGCCAUAGGUAGUCAGACGACAAAGAAAGCCUCCGCCAUAUCCAUCAAACUUGGAUCAAGUAAACCUAAAGAAACUGUUCCAACUCUUGCUCCAAAAACCCUUUCAGUAGCAGCAGCUUUUAAUGAAGAUGAAGAUAGCGAACCAGAGGAAAUGCCUCCAGAAGCAAAGAUGAGGAUGAAGAAUAUUGGAAGGGAUACACCAACAUCAGCAGGACCAAACUCCUUUAAUAAAGGAAAGCAUGGGUUUUCUGAUAACCAGAAGCUAUGGGAGCGAAAUAUAAAAUCUCAUCUUGGAAAUGUCCAUGACCAAGACAAUUAAAUGAUAUGUUUUGAAAUUGGGGUAUGGGGUGGGUGUAAAGUUAAAAGGAACAGUUUCCUUUUUAAAGAAUGAUAUAAGACUAUCUUUGGAGCCGCCUUUUUUUUUUUAAGAUUGAGUGGUACACUAAUAAAUGAGAGUUUGAAAUUAGACGUAAUUUAUGUUUUAUAUACAGAUUUCAAGACAUUUGCUAAUUUUGUAGUUUCAUGUAAUUAGUUUCCAAAGGUUACAGAUAAUUUAAAAAAAAUCAGAAAUGGUACCUUUCUAAGAAUUGCAUAUUUUUUUAGACACAACCUAUUAGCACAUUAAGAGGGAAGCAAAAAGUUAUUGUCUGUUUAAACUGCAAGCAAUUACUCUAACUUAACUCCCUUAUUAACCUAAACUUUCUGGCUCCCAGGAACAGCCUUAUAAAGAGAGGGAGUAUUGUAUUGGGAGGAAAAUGUUACUGGAGUAUUGACUAAAAGUGAAUUGGAUAAAAUUAAAGUAUUGCUUUUUUUCCUAAUGGGCAUUUGUUUUGUUUCAAGUCAAACUAGAUAUUGCAUUGCUAUCAGUGGAUACAGAGGCUUAGCUCUUUAAAAGAAAAUUUUUUUAAUUUUAUGUAAACAGUUGAGUAUUUGAUAUAGCCCACUUCACCUUAAUGGGUCUUGUCUGCCUUCAUUAGUCUACAAAGAACAACCGUUUGCUACCAAAGUAAAUCAGUAUUUUGAAUGUGCUUCUCUUGGUUUUUGUUAUUAGCUUAGUUCCUCUGCGCAUUUCCACCAGACUUGAGGCAAGUCAUAGGAAGCUGUUUCUUUUAAAAUACAAACCAUCACCAAAAAUUUUAAAUGUACAUAAUACUUAAAUAUUUGGCUGUUUUUAUUUUUUUAAAUGUAACAGACAGCAAAAAAGCAACAUAGUGUCAAGAUGGAAAAUGAGAAAGAUGCACUUUCUGUAAUUGUCAUACCAUUUAAGUUACUAAUUUGUGAAUUCCAUUUUGAUUUGUACUUAACUACAGGAAUCCUUAUUUAAUACAAUAAAAUGGUUUAUUUUAAGUGUAUGCAUAUUAACCAAUGGCCUCUCAAAAGCACAUUUUCGAUAUUGAAAAUAGAAGAAAAGAAAAUGCAUCUUUAAACAUUUUAUGGAAUCUUUGACCACAUAUACUUUGUUAGAGCUAUGUGUUGUAGGGUUUUGUUUUGUUUUUGUAUUUUUGUAUAUGAAUUCUUUUUUAAUGUGACAAUUAAACACAUCUUUAAAGGUAUAGUCAUAGAUAAGAGAAAAAUGCAGUAUAAUGAUUUCCUUGAAAACUUCUACAAUGUUAAAUUUGCAGGCAGCUUCAGACUGUCUUAAUGGUGGUAACUAAUCGCUCAGCUCUUUUAAAAGGUAGUAACUCCAGAGAAGCAGCCUGUAUAUAUUCCUAACACUUUGUUCACUUUCAUUUAUUAGAGUAAGUCCCAAGUAAAACAAUGGAAAUGUAUAUAGAACUAUUAGUUCUUACCUACUUGAUUUAAUGAUAUCAAGAUACAUGAAUUUAACUUGCUUUAAUGUAGGCAAACUUUUCAUUUUUGUCUAUUUUACUGUUAAAAUCCCUCUCCUGCAUAUUCUUUUCUUGACUCAAACGAAAUAUUAGCCUAUGGUCAAGAUGGGAGAGAGAAAUAACUGAGAUGAAUGUCUUUACUAAAAUACCAAUAAAUUUGUCAAACUCAA